AAUAUUACACUCAUGGCUAGUCGGGUGUGUCUACCAUCUCGUGGUGUGAAAAGAGAGGGGGUAUCAGCAGCAGAUGCAACCAGGAAGUGAGAAGGAGGGUGUUUAAAAUAGUCUGAGCUGAGCUGAGUGAACUUGUAUCAUGGAGAUAGCAGGUAGAGGGACCUUAACGAUUCAGCUCUUUUGAAUAUAUCUACGGUAUAAGGAACAUGGAUCUAUGCUGUAGAUCUAUGCUUUAGAUCUAUGCUGUAGUGACACAGCGCAGAGUUCAUGAAGAGUAGGUAGGGGGAGAACAUCUGAUCAGACCAUGUCAGACAAUCUCUUGGAAGAGAUCUUUAUAAAACGCUCCCAGCAGAAGAAGAAGACCUCCCCUUUAAACUUCAAAGAGAGGCUAUUCAUCCUCACACAGGACAAGAUCGCCUACUACGACUAUGAUCUGGAAAAAGGGAAAAAGAAGGGGUUGAAAGGCACCGUGGGCAUCGAUAAGAUCAAGUGUGUGGGGACAGUACAGCCGGAGCCCAGUGCCCCCGCGGAGCGCCAGUACCCGUUCCAGAUAAUCUACGAUGAGGGCCCACUUUACAUAUUCGCCAAGAGUGACGAGGUCCGAAAGCAGUGGAUCCACAAGCUGAAGCAUGUGGUGCGUUUCAACAAGGACCUGAUGCAGAAGUACCACCCAUGCUUCUGGAUGGAUGGCAUGUGGCAGUGCUGCCAGCAGGAAGUCAAACAAGCCAUGGGCUGCAGGGUGCUGGAGAACAAGAAUGUAGGGGUUUCAAAGGGGUCUCGGAGACAAUCCAGAAAACCCCUUCCACCUACGCCAGAAGAGGAGAAACAUUUGAGGCCUUUACCUCCACAGCCUCCCGAGGAGCCUGCGCUCACCACAGGCAUGACAGUGGUCGCUGAGUACGAGUACACACCCUCCACGCCCCAGGAUCUGGAGCUGAGGAAGGAUGAGGAGUACAUCAUUCUGGAGAUGUCUGACUCCAACUGGUGGAGGGCCAGGGACAAAUAUGGCAAGGAGGGAUACAUUCCCAGUAAUUACGUUGUGGAGGCUGGAAAUGAACUGGAAAAGUUUGACUGGUACUGCAAGAGCAUGAACCGUAGCCAGGCAGAGGAGCUGUUGAAGACAGAGAACAAAGAUGGUGGUUUCUUAGUACGAGACUCAAGCAAAGCUGGGAAGUACACCGUUUCUGUGUUCACCAAGGGCGGGGAGACUGCGGGUAACUGCAGACACUACAACAUCUGCACCACCCAACAAGGCCAGUUCUACUUGGCAGAGAAGCACAAUUUCAGCAGCAUCCCAGACCUCAUUAACUACCACCAGCACAAUGCAGCAGGUAUGGUCAGCAGGCUGAAAUACAUUGUGUCAAGUCGUGCAAAAAAUGCCCCUUCCACAGCAGGGCUUGGUUAUGGGGUAUGGGAGAUUGACCCACGCCACCUCACCUUCAUCAAGGAGCUGGGCAACGGGCAGUUUGGAGUGGUGAAGUAUGGGAAGUGGCAGGGCCAGCAUGACGUGGCCAUCAAGAUGAUCAAGGAGGGCUCCAUGUCUGAAGACGACUUCAUAGAGGAGGCCAAAGUCAUGAUGAAGCUCCGCCAUGAGAACUUGGUUCAGCUGUAUGGCGUGUGCACCAAACAAAGGCCCAUCUACAUUGUCACAGAGUUCCUCUCCAACGGCUGCCUACUCAGCUAUCUGCGGGAAGGCCUGAAGCAGCAUCCAUCCCCCAUCCAGCUCCUGGAAAUGUGUAAAGACGUCACAGAGGGCAUGGCCUACCUGGAGGCUCAGCAGUACAUCCACAGAGACCUGGCUGCAAGAAACUGCUUGGUAGAUACCAAUGGGACCAUUAAAGUCACUGACUUUGGACUGUCGAGGUAUGUCCUGGAUGAUGAGUACACCAGCUCUGCAGGCUCCAAGUUCCCAGUGCGCUGGUCUCCUCCUGAGGUCCUGCUCUACUGUAAAUUCAGCAGCAAGUCAGACAUCUGGGCUUACGGGGUCUUAAUGUGGGAGGUCUACACCUUAGGGAGGCUUCCCUACGAACGGUUAAACAACAAUGAGAUAGUGGAACAGGUGUCCCGAGGCCAUCGCCUCUAUCGCCCCCAGUUGGCCAACGACAGAGUCUACACCAUCAUGACCAGCUGUUGGCUGGAUAAGGCGGACGAGAGACCCACCUUUCAGGAGCUGUCGGUGACUGUUCAGGACUUGCUCUAUGAGCUCCAGUAGAUCCAACCACCACAUUCUGAGAUUGAAACACAGUUCGCAGACUCAUCCCUCUGGCAGAUACACUUCCUCAUGCAGAGCAGACUCGAGGCUUCAUCCCCUCAGGGCCUCAUUCAUUCUGUGCAUCAGCCAUUGAGGAGCCUGCUUUAGGAGAAGUAGAUAAAACUGUUAAAGGAUCAGCCAUCCUAUGGGAGAGCUGAGAGAUGCUAUAUGGUUGAACAUGGGACUCCCAUGAUAAACUCCAGUUGUGAAAUAAAAUAUUAUUUGAUGAA